AUGGCAGCAAAAGUUGAUCAACCUAAAAUUCGUAUUUUAGUUUUACAUGGUUUUUGUGAUAGUGCACAAAAUCGUGAAUAUCAAAUGCGUACUUUAAUUCGAUCAAUGAAAGAUAUGGAAUUUAUUUUUAUAAAUGCACCAUUUUUAUUUGUUGAUUAUGGAUUUUUAAAAUCAUCAGAUAAUUCUUCAAAUGAACAACGAUAUCAAUGGAUGUCUUAUAAACCUGAAGAUCCAGUUACAAACUAUAAUUAUGAUACAAUCAGAGAAAGUAUUGAAUAUGUAAUAAACUAUAUUAAUAACAAUGGACCAUUUAAUGGUUUAUUAGGAUUUUCUCAAGGUGCAAUUGUUUGUGCUACAAUGCUUUUAAAUAUUCCUAAUUGGCCAAUACUUCCUAAUUGUAUUAAAUUUGUUAUUCUUAUUGGUUGUCCUCAAAUCAACGACGAAACAAUUAAACCAAUAUUAGAAACAUUUGAUAAACAAAAUCAAUUACUACCGUCUUUUCAUAUAUCAGGAAUGAAUGAUACUUUAAUAACACCAGAACUGAGUGAAAAAGUGUUUCAAUAUUUUAAUCCAUUAGUAGCUGAAUUUUAUAUACAUAAAGGAGGACAUUAUUGUCCAAAUGAUUCAAAUUUUAGACAAAAAUUAAGAGAUUUUAUUCAACGUUCAAUUCAUUCAUAA